UUCCCCGAGGCUGGUGUUUGCUGGGCAAGGAGAGAGCCUUCGACGAGUGCCCUGCUCUCGCUCCGACCUGUCUGGCCAGGUUCCGUUCCACAGCGAUUUUGACACCUGGUGCGCUUUCCCCUGGUGGGAGCGGGAGGGCGGGGCGGCGCGCCUGUAGUGGUGCUCGCGAUGUUUUUGUUUUUGAGGUGCCCCCGUCUCCAGCUUCCUGCGGGCUUCUGGAUCCUGCCUGGCCUAUACAUUGGCAACUUCAAAGAUGCCAGAGAUGCAGAGCAAUUGAGCAAGAACAAGGUGACACAUAUUCUGUCUGUCCAUGAUAGUGCCAGGCCUAUGUUGGAGGGAGUUAAAUACCUGUGCAUUCCAGCAGCGGAUUCGCCAUCUCAAAACCUGACAAGACAUUUCAAAGAAAGUAUUAAAUUCAUUCACGAGUGCCGACUCAGGGGUGAGGGUUGUCUUGUACACUGCCUGGCUGGCGUCUCCAGGAGCGUGACUCUGGUGAUCGCAUACAUCAUGACUGUCACCGACUUUGGCUGGGAGGAUGCCCUGCACACUGUGCGUGCAGGGAGGUCCUGUGCCAACCCCAACCUGGGCUUCCAGAGACAGCUCCAGGAGUUUGAGAAGCAUGAAGUCCACCAGUACCGACAGUGGCUGAAGGAAGAAUAUGGAGAGAGCCCUUUGCGGGAUGCAGAAGAAGCCAAAAACAUUCUGGCCACUCCAGGAAUUCUGAAGUAUUGGGCCUUUCUCAGAAGACUGUAAUGUACCUGAAGUUUCUGAAAUAUUGCAAAGCCACAGAGCUUAAGGCUGGUGCUGCCAAAAAGAAAAGCAACCUAGAGUUUAUUUUUAAGUAUCCAGAAGUGAUUUGUAAACUUGGUUUUCAUUUUAAAUUGACUACAUGUGCGAUGGUGGUGAUAUAUGUUGAGAACUAAGGGUACUCUUUUAGCAAGAGAAAAUAUUUUUACCUUAAUUCCACUGCUGCAUCAAUUUUUUUAACCUUAACUUUGAUGUUUAAGCAAUUUUUUUAAAUGUUUAUUUAUUUUUGAGAGAGAUGGAGACAGAAUGUGAGUGGGUUAAGGGCAGAGAGAGAGGGAGACGCAGAAUCCGAAGCAGGCUCCAGGCUCCGAGCUGUCAGCACAGAGCCUGAUGCGGGGCUCAAACUCAUGAGCUGUGAGAUCAUGACCUGAGCAAAGUUGGACACUCAACCGACUGAGCCACCCAGGUGCCCCAUGUUUAAGCAAUCUGAAGAGCCCUGCUGCACUGCUUUGGUUACUAUUUAGUAAUCAUGAUUGUUUCUCAUGAGAAUUACGCUGUGUAAACUCUGCCUGUAUGUUCUUCAAUUCCCCAGCUUGGGACAUAUCUCUUGGUGUGUGUUUCACCCAUGGUUUGCGUUCUCCAUGGUGGAAUUUACCAAGAGCUACACAUUUUUGUUAACGAAGGGCAACCUAGCAUUUAACUUCAUGGGCAAUGCAUUCUUCCUGAGGUGAGGGGUGGACACUGUAUGUGUUUCUGCCUAUGAGGGUCAUGAUACAGGAUUGGAGCCUGCUCUCAUAGCAGUAAUGCUGGUUUAAUUGCAGAGGCAAUGAAAAGUAAAUUAAUUUCACCAUGAGAGAAAAAUUGAUCUUCAAUGUGGAAAGAAAUUCAUAAAUUGGACUUAUAGUUUGUUUGCACACGUGUGAGAACUGAAUAUUUGGCACCCCUGGAAUUAUUGCACUUAUCUCAGGGGUGUGCAGCCCAGGUACUCCAUGAUCAUUUGCUGCACAUUGUUGAAUGCAUUUUAUUCUGAUUCCAUAUUCAGCUUUUAAUUUGAAGAAACACACACUGGCCUAAAGAGCAAUUUAAGUCAAUUUCCUAAAUUUUCCAUUUCUAAAUCCAGGGGAGAAGGAAGGAAAUUUGACUUUUUAGUCUAAGGAUAGGGUUGGCUUGAACUAAGGGCAGGUGAACACAGGAGCUAAUGUACCUGGACCCUUUAACUGUAGGUGGCAGGCUUGACCUGUGUUCUAAGUUUCUGCUUCAACCAGGGAGGGGCUCAGGGAAGGGGCUGGGAGCUGUGUGUUGGGAUGAAGAGGACCCGCUGUACUGGCAACAGCCCCUGAUGGGUGUGAGAUGAUACACACUGAUCAGUUUGGGUCAUUAAAAUGCUUAUUCUGACUCAGCAGGCCUGCCUGAGUGUAGUACGGGUAAUCUAGUUGUAGGAACCUUUGAGUACUCCCAUGUGUCAUACUUAAAAGCCCCAAGAUGUUUCCACUUCCCACUUGUGAGGAUAUGCCAGAGCCUUGUCUCUGGAAAACUCAGGGGAAAUGGCCAAGGCUGAACACAGAGCCUUAGGAAGACCUCUGUUCUGUGUGUAGGACAUGAGGUGGCAGAAUUAGGAAAACAGGUUUGCUGGCAAUGGCCCCAGUCCAGUAGGGUCACCCACCCCUUGCAGCCUGACAUCCUUUCCUGUCCACUUCUUCUUGCUAUAGGACGAGAUCUGGCACCAACAAUAAUCAUCUAAUAAUUGGUGUUCUGUGGAUUACAAACUAUCACUGCAAAGCUUUAUAAACCCGCAGACAGGGUUAUUCAUUUGAGUCUCAAAAAGGCUAAGAAAUACACUGGAAAGUGAAAAUGUUAGUGCUUCUUUGCCUGAAUCUGGAUCUUUUUAUCCCAAAUCAGUGGGUAAAGUGAGAGGGAGGGGCUGAGCCACCUCUGGGCUUUGCACUUAGAAGUUUGUGAGCCUCUAACGAGGGCUAAGGGAGAACAAGCACCCCUGUAGCAAAGCUGUAUGGCUUUUGAAGCCAGAACCUCUAUUUGCUUCUCCCCUUUUCUCCCUAGGGAGUUUGUUUUGAUCCCCAUUAAUGGUGUUGACAGGAAAAUUGACAAUUACAGAGUAAGUCCUAAGGACUAGUAUAGGUGCUCCCAAAAUGUGUGGGAAAGGGAAAGAGAAACACCAUUCCAGUUUUGGGGUGAGUUAGGCAGUGUUCAGGGAAGGCAUCUUGGAAAAAGUGAUACCUAAUUUGAGACUUGAAGCUUAAGUGCUAGAAUUAGCUGGGCAUAGUGGGAGGAAAGGGAGUCCAGGCCCAGGCUCAGCAUGCAUGUUAAGUUGGUGGCAUGAGGGAACACAGUGCACUGGGGUGACCCCAAGUCAUUGCGUAAACUAAAGCAAGAACCAAGGGGUGGGCAUUGGUGGUAAGUGGUACAGACAAAGCUGCACACACAAGCAAAGACUCAGCUGGCCAAGGUGAUACCAUUGCUUAGUGUCUGUUGUAUAAUAACUGGUUUACUUCUUAUACCAGCCCUUGGAGCUGAUCAAGCUCAGAGGUCAGGUGCCCUGCCAGCUUUCCACAGGCUGAUUCUUGAGCUUGGAACCUCAUGAGCAGCAUGAAUACCAUUAUGCAGAUAUAAUGGAUAUAAUGGGUGGGGGCUCAUUGAAUGUGCUGGAGCAAGCAGGAACCAUGGUUGGUGUGUAGGUGGAGAAUUAAGGGUGGGGGGGGUGGCAGUCAGGGGGCAGCUGUAUGUCAUCCAGGUGAUUGAAACUAGUGCCCUGAACAGGGUCAUGUUGAUAGAGAUGAAAAAGGACAAAGGAAGCAAAUAGAUUUGGGAUUGAGGGAGGUUGGGGAGGGAGAAGCAAAUUCUCUUAGUAUUGGGAUGAACAUGGGGGACUAUGGGUUUUGUGGCCUUGCCAUUCUGGAAUCUUCCAACACAAUGGUUCUUUGUACCAGUAUCCUCCUUCCCCAUGAUGAUUGUUUGUAGGCUCUGAAAUGUCCAGGUUAGAUUUAAGGGGGCUGCCAGACCUAGGACCUCCAAAGGCAGUCAUCCCAGUUUUGCAGAUUAGGGCCUCAAGUUUAUCCGCGUACACAGGACAGACUCCCUGGAAUAGACUCAUGACAAUUAAUGUGGAAUUCAAAUGUCCAGUUUCAUAAUUUAUCAUGAAAAAUAAAAGAAAGUAGCUUUAUGAAAACCAA